UCUUCAAUAACCAUUUCUACCCUUCUCGAUGGUACAAGUAAUUCUAAAUUCAGUUUAGUUUCUCAUCUUGUAGUGAAUACUAGCUUUUAUCUCUUUCUCGAGUAACAGAAGAAAUAAUCAUGCGUCUUUUCAUCUUCAGCAUCUACAUCUUAAUCACCAUGAUUAACUGUUUGCCAAUAAACAUAAAAACUUGGGAAUCUUCAGGUCGAGUGCGUGUGAUACAUAAAGCACCAAUGAAACCUAGGAAAGCUAUGACCGGACCUAUCUUUAAUAUUAUUCAUCACGGACCACCACCCGUGCGUCGCCAAAGCUUGCCAUUGAACAACAAUGAUCGCAUCUAUUUCCCUGACGAAGUUCCCACGUCAGAAGAACAAAAGUCGGUCACUCGUUCAAGAAAACUUGAUACAUUUUCAGAUAAUAUUGAACUUCCACCGCACAGCAAUAAUCGUGAUUAUUUCCUUAAGGAAGUUCCCACAGCACAAAGAGAGAUGCUCCAAAAGAAUUUUAUCGCUCAUACAGGAAAAGUAGCAAAUUUUUCAAUCAAUAUCGGCAAUCGCCAUAGAAGCAUCCUCGACAAUGUCAAAGGUUUCAAAGUGAAAAAUGCAUUUGAGUCGCCGAAUACUGUUUCCAGGUGCUCGGGAGAAAGCACCUACUGUGAAAACGUCCCUUCGUAUCCGUACGAAACGGUGAACAAAAUACUGAAGAACUUUGCCAACAAAGAUUUCUUCGGUUUGGAGGAGAACGUCGCAGAGCCCUGGAGCCGAACGGAUAACAAUGAAGAGGAGAACUUUAUGUGCAAAUCGUACACGAAGAUCAUCCAUCCGCAGAUGGGCAAAACCCUUGACGGUAGUUGGAAGUACAUCAUCAACGUGGAUGACAAGGAAUACGUGCAAGCAGUUAAGGUCGAAAUAUGCAAGAGCCCGAAGAAGCCUUGCGCAAUGUCCGACAAGUUCCCCGAGGGCAUCAUCACCUCCUGCAAACAGAGAUACAUGAACAGAAGACUCCUCUCCAUCUCCAACAAUGGAUUACCUGAACCGGAUAUCUACUCGUUACCUGCGGGAUGUUCGUGUACGUACAAAAGGAAUUCGCAAUUCUUGAAAACGUUUUACAGCAAAUAA